AGCGGUUGCGUGUGUGACGACGGUGUGCGCCGAGUGUUGCUGAACCUAAAACAGCCUGUCCGCCGCUCCUUUUAUUUCUGUGCAAAGUGAACCACACUCGACUCGAGAUGUCCGAGGCUCCAACACCGAUGAUUCACAGUCAAACAGCCGCUAGCCUGCUCCUGCCACAAAUACACAGCUCUGCUGACAGUUCACCGAUCGUCUCUCCGGCUGGUUCUUCCAUCGAAUCCCCGAUUGGUUCGCCGCUAAAGAUAGCCGAUGACAUCUUUCAAACGGAGGACGUCACGCCUUUUGCCGAUUUGCGUGUGGCGAACCAGGCGCUUACCGUUUCGCCACAACCGGCUGUAGCGGUGGAGGAGCCGGUGUCAAAAAUGUCUCCACCGACGAACGACGUGACCAACGGGGUCGUGGCGCCCCAAAACACCUCGGCGCCCCGGGUUCCUCCCACCACGAAUCCGGCCCUGGCCUAUACGAAUCGCACCCCUGCGAAAUACACUCCAAAAGAUUUUAUCUUUGGCAAGGUCAUCGGCGAGGGUAGCUUCGGAACGGUAUACCUUGCAAAGGACAUUCAUACCGGCAAGGAACACGCCAUCAAGGUGUGCGACAAGCGUCACAUCAUCAAGGAGAAGAAGACUGAAUAUGUGACGCGUGAGAAGGAAGUGCUGAAUAUGCUGGCGGGUGCGAAGCAUUCAUUUGUCCGGCUUUACUGCACUUUCCAAGAUAUAGACCGUCUCUACUUCGUGCUUUCGUACGCGAAAAACGGCGAACUUCUACCUUACAUCAACAAGGUUGGCUCGUUCGACAUCGAGUGCACUAAAUUCUAUUCCGCCGAAAUCCUGAGAGGUUUGGAGUACCUUCACGGUCUUGGUAUAAUCCACCGAGACUUGAAACCAGAAAACAUCCUGCUGGACGAGAAGAUGCAUGUACUGAUCACGGAUUUCGGUUGCACAAAGAUAUUGAAAGAGCCAGAAGUGCCACUUAACGAAAAUGAGACUCACGUUCGAGAACGGAAGAAUUCAUUCGUCGGUACAGCUCAGUAUCUAUCACCGGAAAUUUUGACUGACAGAAAUGCCAGCAGAUCGUCAGAUCUAUGGGCAUUUGGUUGUAUAAUAUACCAAAUGGUCGCCGGCCUGCCACCUUUCAGAGCGAGAAACGACUACAUGAUCUUCCAGAAGAUACAAAAACUCGACUACGAAGUUCCCGACGGUUUCUCGGAGAUGGCAAAGAGCCUAGUCGAACAACUCCUCGUUCUCGAUCCGACUCAGAGGCUAGGUGCGCAGGACGAACACGGCGCUGGUUAUCCCAGUAUCAGGGCGCAUCCUUUCUUCGAAGGAGUUGAUUUUGAAACACUUCACGAACAAACACCACCACCGAUAUAUCCCUACCUGCCGGGUACUUCGGAGCACGAAGAAUUGAGAUCACACUACCGAGUUCCCGAUCACCUGGAGCCCGGUCUUGACGACAAACAACUGACGAGGUUACUUGGGCUUGGUAUCGGGGAAGAGGAGAGGUCCGAACCAGUAGCCGUGGUCGAAAAGCCAAGGAAACAGGCAGGGAUUGCCGACCUAACACCGGAAGAGAUCAAAUCUAGGUUGCAGAAGCAAAGGUCGUCCAACAAGUGGGACUAUUUUGUCGAAGGCAAUUUAAUCCUGAAGCAAGGAUUGGUACACAAGAGGAAAGGACUCUUUGCCAGAAGAAGAAUGCUCCUAUUAACAACCGGACCCCACCUAUACUACGUGGAUAUGGUAAACAUGGUCCUCAAAGGAGAAAUUCCAUGGAGUCCUGAGCUGCGGGUGGAACCCAAGAAUUUCAAGAUCUUCUUCAUCCACACGCCGAACAGAACAUACUAUCUCGAAGAUCCCGAUGGUUUCGCGCUGGAAUGGUGCCGCGCGAUUGAAGAGAUGCGAGUCCAUUAUGACGGUCUCCAGGAAUCCACGGCUUGAGUAAAAAAAAAAAAAAAAAACUGAAGUGAAAGAAGUAAAAAUCGCAAAGAUAAAAUCUCAUUAAAAACAAGAUUCAAAUGUCAAAGAAAAAACAUUAAAGUCUGCGAGAGGUGCCUGAUGAUAUAGCGAGAAUUGAAUUGAAAUAAGCUAAUUGAUGUGAGUUAUUUAUAUGCAUAUUAUCGCGUGUAUAGACUAGAGUUUAAUACGUGAUUUAGGCAAUUUUAGGCUAAAUUCAAAGUUGUACCGUUAUUAAUUAUAGUUGUGUUUUUCUAUUUAUUAAGUUAGGCACCUGUGAAGCGUUGCGUCGCUGGACAUAGACGUUUUUGCUAAAUUAAAACGAGCUGGAUUUACAUCGCUGGUUUCAACGAUUUUGUAGCAGAAAUGAAAAAAGUAGAAAAAGCUAUCUUAGUAUCUUCACAUUGUUGUAAAUUUUACAGUUCACUACUGCAUCACUGGAAUAGAGCUCACGUGAAAGUGGAAAUUCAAAUAAUUAGUUACAAACCAUUCGGUUGGGCAAGAUCUUCAAUCUUGUCAACUAUAAGACUUUUCUCUCUCCAAUUGCUUAAAUCAGAUUUCAUCGUAUUUUUCUAUUUCCUUGUUUUUUUUCUAGCAAAAUUUCGAUUUGACCAGUGACGUAAAUUCGUGUCUAUAUUGAAUUGAAAACAUCUUGCGCUUCUAUUUAGCAAAUUUAGCAAAUAUAUAGCAAAGAAAUAGUGAAUAUAUAUAUAUGUAGCAUAGUCAAAUACGUUUGGACCUGAAAGUCCUUAGAUAGCAAAUGUAGGAUAAAUUUAAGAGAACCAAAAAGAAAGCAAAUAAACGCGAUGGCGGACAAUUUUGCAGCUUUAAUUUACGUUGCCUGAAGUAUACGGGUUUUCGUAUUCGUAUGCGGUUCUGUAAAUAUUAGCAAGUAAUUUCAAACAGGCUACGUAAAACAACUCAGUCCGACCCCAAGUGUUUUCACGGUGAAUAUUUACAAUGGCGCCCUCGCGGACAUCACCUAAACAGUGUGACGUAGCAAAGACAUUUGCAUACAGCAAAUAUUGCUUAACUCAUUUCUCGCUUGUACUAAGGAACGGAAAGUUAAGUUAAAAGAAGAGGAGAAAGAAAGAAAAGGAACUGAAUAGCCGAAUAAGAGGUAUAUCUUUGCCUCAAAGACUUGAAUUGAAACAUUAUUCUGUUCAUAGCUUAAGAAUCACUAAAGACCAUACCAUAGUAUAUAGUACUCCGUGUAUAAUGUUCAUGUUGGCUAAUUAUUAUUAUAUCUUAGGUAAUAAUAUUUAAAUAGUUAGUUAUAUCUGUUCGUUAAUUUAUGGUGAAUGGCGAAGUGUCGUCUGUUAUUUAUUUCGUGUAUUUAAAUGUUUAUAAAGAUUAUCGAAAUCUUAUUAGAAAUUAUCUUGUAAAUAGCAAAUCAAACCAGCCACUAUCUUUCGUCGCAGGGCGGGUUAAACUGCUGCCUAAUCUGUAUGAUAUUAUCUGUAUAUUAGAUGUUUAUUAGUUAUGUAUAGUUAGGUAAUUUGUAAAUUAUAACGUUAGGAGAGCUAGGUUGUAUUCUUCGGGGCAGUUUAACCCAUGUAUUUUUUUUUAUAUAAACAGGGUAUAUCAUUGAUUGUGGAGCUGCAGUUUGUAUGGAAGUUCGUAAAAAUUAUGAAAAAUUCUCUCGUGAGUUUUUCAGAAUUGUCCCCGAUCUCAGUGGCUUUUCCAAAAUGACCGCUUUUGGCGGGUCGCGUACAGAAUGGGCGGACAGAAAUGCAAACAGACGCAAAACGGUCGAUGUUCUUAUAUUGAUAACAAGAUAGUUGUGGCGUCGAAAAAUUUUGGCUGAAUAUGCAUUUCCGAAAUCAAUAUUCACAAAGUAUCUAGUAUUAGCUCGUAACGCGACUUUGUGCAUUUUGAAGGGCGAAAGUGUUCCUUCUACUGUAAACUUUACAAAAUCUAUCGUUUUAAAUAGGUGUUGCAAACUUUAAUGUGGAAAUCUAUCUCGAAACGGGAUCAUAGCUUUGAAAUAUCAAUUAUUAAAUUUGAAGCAAUGAUUUCGUUGUUGUAAGCUUAUGAAAAGGUCAUAGUUCUCUAUAAAGCCAACUCUUAGAUAAAUUAAAGUUAACAUUAGUUAAUUAAUAAUUUAUGUUAGAUUUACUCGAACUCAAAACAAUGAGACACAACAAUGCAAGCAAUAUCAGUGAAUGCCUUGCAUAUCUAGUUUUUCUCUAAACAGAAAAAAAGUUAAUUACUUCAAUUAUUUUAAUAUAUUUAAUUUCGAUGGAAUAUUAUUCAACUAUUAAUCGCAGUAUUAUUACAUGUACGUAGAUUCUCAUACAUAUAUUAAAAAAAAAAAAAAAGAAAUAUUGUAUUUUCUAUACACCAUAAAAAUACACAUACACGAAUACACAGAAAUCACUUUAUAAGACUAUGUAAAUACUUAGUGAGUAAAGUUAUUGGCGAGAAAACAACCUUAUUAACGUGAACAUCAAAUUUAUUCAUAGUAAAAUUUCAGAAAUACCGCAUUA